GCGGGGGCCGGGGCUGCGGUUGCUGGCGCCGCCGUUGUCGCGGUGCUCUCGGCCACGCUCGUGCUCUACGGGCCGCCGCUGGACGCAGACUUUAAAAAGCACCUGUAUUUAUUGUUCUGGGGCAUUUGGAGGAGAGACCAUUCUCCGAUAUCCUCGCAUUGACCAGUCACGUUAUGCUAGGUGUGUUCAAGUUUGACACAGAUGCAUGGCAAGCACCUCGUUUUAAAUCGAGCAUUUCCGCUGCGUACAGCACACUCAGUAACGGACAUGGAGGCUGCUUUGCAGCUGGUGAGGAAUGUGGUGCCUCCUCUGGCCGCCUGCAAGCACAAAGGGCAAGCUGGGAGGAUAGGCGUGGUGGGAGGCUGCCCAGAGUACACUGGAGCCCCCUAUUUUGCAGCAAUCUCAGCUCUCAAAGUGGGCGCGGACUUGUCCCACGUGUUCUCCACCCAGGAUGCCGCAGCUGUGAUCAAGUCGUACAGCCCGGAGCUGAUCGUUCACCCGGUUCUUGACAGCCCCACUGCCGUCCAAGAUGUGGAAAAGUGGCUGCCCCGACUGCACGCCCUGGUCGUAGGGCCUGGCUUAGGCAGAGACGACGGUCUUCUCGAAAACGUCAAGGGCAUUUUAGAAGCGUCCAAGGCCAGGGGCACGCCCAUCGUCAUCGAUGCGGACGGGCUGUGGCUGGUCGCUCGGCAGCCGGCCCUCAUCCAAGGCUACCAGAAGGCGGUUCUCACCCCCAACCACGUGGAGUUCGGCAGACUCGCCGAGGCCGUGCUGGGAGACCCCCUGGAUGGCGGGGACCGUUGCAGAGCUGUGCUGAGACUCAGCCGGGCCCUGGGCAACGUCACCGUGGUCCAGAAAGGGGAGCAGGACGUGAUCUCUGAUGGCGAGCAGGUGCUCACGUGCAGCCAGGAGGGCAGCGGCCGCAGGUGCGGCGGUCAGGGGGACCUCCUGUCGGGCUCGCUGGGCGUCCUGGCACACUGGGCCCUCCUGGCCGGCCCCGAGAAGACCAGCGGGUCCAGCCCGCUCCUCGUGGCUGCCCUUGGUGCCUGCGCGCUCACCAGGCAGUGCGCCCGCCAAGCCUUCCAGAAGCACGGCCGCGCCACCACCACCACGGACAUGAUCAGGGAGCUCGGGCCCGCGUUCAGCAGACUCUUCGAGACCUCGGCCGGUGCGGACGGAGGGGUGGCCCCGACAGGGGAGCCGUGUUUGUGACGGGACCAGCCUCCGGUCCAUCCGAGUCCGCUGCGAGGUCCGUGAGCGCGCCGUGCAGGUUGACGUAGAGUGUCCGAGCUUGGAGCGUAGCACUUUUCUGGCUCAACUGCUGUGUGCUCGGAGAUGUUACGAUAGGAAACAAAGUAUUCCUGAACUUUUCUGAGCUUCUGGGCAAUAUCAGAAAAGAAUGAAGAGAAUCACGUGACGGCGAGACCGUCUGUCACCAGCUCAGCUGAGGUCGUGGGCUUCUGCUGUGAUUCUUCUGUGUGCGAGCAGUUCCCCUCCUCGGGUAGUCCCCUGGGGGGGGGUCCCAUUGCUCGUUUUCAAAUGUCUGCGAAUGAUGUUUUGUUUUGG